UAUAGUCGCCAAAACCGUGGUCAGUUUUUGUUUAUAAAGUUUUGAAUUGUUGACACGAAAUUCCGGUUGGCAGUUUUGUCAGUGUACAAAUGUGAAUAAUAUUAAUAUCUACGUAUAAAUAAAGAAUAAAUCAAGACUCAGAGUUGAUGAAUUUGUUAUUAAUCUGAGAUAUAUAUUCUAUAAAACAAUGAGAUUAAUGUGUCAAGUUGAAGUGAGUAACAGGUUAUGUGAAGGACAAGGGAAAAGAAAAGCUAAAAAAUCCUGUUUAUCAAUAGGAAAAUUAAGUUCAAAAGACAAUGAACUUUAUAUUUUUCUUCAAACACUUGAAAAUAAACAAGGGACAAAAUAUAAGUUGAAGGACAAUAUUGAAAUUGUAUUCACAAAAUGUAUUAAUGAAGGAAAAAUGACAAUUCGUUUAAAAGAACCACCACACGAUAUUUUAAUAAAAUCCGAUACAAUUCAAUUGAAAAGUUUUGCUCAUGUCUUAAAAUUGGGAUAUACAAAUAAAUUAGAAGGAUCAGUUUUAAAAUUAUCUGAUUUGAAAGCAAAAAAUCUUUCGGAUGCAUUAAAAACAAAAAUGGUGGUAAAAAGUGCCGCUAAUUAUCCAAUAUUAGAAGGUUUCCCAAGAAAAGUAAUGGAAUUACAUCUCGCUGGAUUAGAGAGAAAAUCCUUUGACAGGAAUAUAUUGAAAUUACAACAUUUAAGAGUGUUAAAUUUAUCAGAUAAUCAAAUAACAAGUCUUCCUAAAGAUUUGGGAACAUUACCAAAUCUACAAGAAUUAAAUUUAGCACAAAAUAAAUUACACAAAUGUCCAAAUACAAAAUGGAUUUGGAUGGAACAAGUGAAUGUGUCUAAAAAUUUAAAACUAUUGGAUAUCAGUUCUAAUGAGCUAACACAAGUUCCUUAUCCAAUUGGAAAAUUGAGCCGUUUAGUGACAUUAAGACUGAAUUCAAAUUUUUUAGAAUCCUUACCUCAGAGCUUAGGAUGUUUAGAUGCCUUAAAAUAUUUAGAUGUUUCGAAAAAUAAUCUUUUCAAUCUUCCUGGAAGUAUUAGAAAUUUAAAAUUAUCGACAUUAGAUGUAUCCAACAAUAAUUUCAUUAUAUCUGUAAAUAAUGUUACUACAGUUCGAUUUAAAUUGCCCAGUCUUGUUGAACUUGGAGCUAAAAUUGUUUACCAAGCAAGAAUUCCUUUUAACGCGAGCAUUAUACCAUGUACAUUAGUCACAUAUAUAAAUAAUACACAAUUUUGUGUUUGUGGCACUCCUUGCUUCAGUAAUUUUAUUCGAAGAAAUAUAAAUCUUCCUCUAAAUAAAUUUGUUGGAUCUGUCAUUUCUUCUGGAUAUUCGUAUGUACCGUUUGAUUGUUAUUUUUGUUCGACGCUUUGUCACAGGCGAUAUUCAGGAUAAAAAAAAUGAAGUUUUUGUUUUUAUUAGUGAAGAAAAAAAAAUUAUUUUUUUAUAAUAUUUUAAGAGAGAGACUGCACACUGAAUGUAAAUAAUUUUAAAAAUUACCGCUAAAAUGGAAAUCUGUCGUCUGCUAUUAAUCAGCUGUUUAUUGUUGUAAGUGUACACGAGUAGUGCGUGUUGUUUAUAUUUAUUUAUUUACGUUACUAUUUUGCAUAAAUAUUGAAAAGAAAACAACGUUUUUACUGGAAUAAAUAAAGCAGAAAGUUUUUUUUAAA